AUGAAGAAGAAGGCGGGAGGAAGUGACGGAGAGGGCGGAUCGGGAUCGGCGAGGCGGGCGAAGGGCUCGGAGACACAGGUGGAUGUGUUGCCGAAGGAGGUCGUGUUGCAGAUGGUGAAGGAUAUGCUCGCUCGUCUGUCCGACGAGAUGGGGGACAAAGAGGAGGUCGUGGUGGAGGACGAUGUGCUCCUCGCAUUCACCGAGAGCACUUGUGCCUUCAUCGACCAUCUAUGCGCCAGGGCAAGGGAUCUUUGCAAGCAAAGUGGGAAGGAGACGGUGGAUGCUGAUCACGUUCUCGACGCCCUCAAGGAUAUCAACUUCCCCCAAUUCGUUCGAGACCUUGAAGCCGCUCUGGAGGCGUUUAAAGAAGAAAAUGCAGGAGAGACGUCUGAAGAGAUAGCAACAACAGAUGAGUGCCAGAAACAAGAAGACGAGCAGAGCAGCGAGGACAGCUAAGAUGCUGGUGAGGAAAGUAGCGAGGGAAACAGUUGCCUCUGAGGAAUAGAGUUCCAUCUGUUCUUUUGUGUACAGUGCUGUUUUGACUGAUGUGAGGAUGAGGCUUUUAGUAAGUCUUCUUGAAAUGUACGACUCUUUCAUACCAAAGCAUGCCGAGUACAAAGCCCCAACGAGCGCCAGAAAGUAUCG